CAGAAAACCAGGGCAAAUCUACCAUAAAGAAAAGAAAAUGAUCGGACAAAAACCAACGAACGUCUUGCUAUUAUUUAUAUAUUAAUCAGCACACACGUUUCCCUCUAUAGCUUGAUGGUCAUUUCGAUUUCAUCUAGUAGAAGCAGUCGCUAGGAUUUCGACUAUUUUGAUAGACUCGUUAAUACCGUACUCUUGUUGACGGUAGACAGGCACUGACGCGAUUGAUUUCCUCCGGGUUUUGCUCGGCGCAUUUGUCCGCCAGAUUAACGUUACGGGCAUAUAAAAAUAACUCGGUGUUCUCUGAUUUCUUCUGGAUUUACUGACUUUACACCGUGGAAGAUUUCUAACAAUGGUACAAAAAGAUAAGACGCUGGAGACGCCUCAAGUGGACGGUGAGCCGAGCCCCAGCCCAGUCUCCGGAGAGGCUUGUGCCGAGGCCCCCGGCCCCGCGGAGGAGUCCGGCAUCGGAGUCGAGCCGACUGGCCACAGAAAAUUCAUCAGUGGAGUCGUGGAAGGCUUUUACGGUCGACCAUGGACAAUGGAACAGAGGAAAGAGUUGUUCAGAAGGCAGCAGAAAUGGGGGCUGAAUACAUACCUUUAUGCACCCAAAGAUGACUACAAACACAGAAUGUUCUGGAGAGAGCUGUACUCAGUGGAGGAAGCAGAGCAACUCAUGACUUUAAUUGGUGCUGCUAAGGAGCAUUGCAUAGAGUUCAUCUAUGCCAUUUCCCCUGGACUGGACAUCACCUUCUCCAAUCAGAAAGAGGUUUCUGCACUUAAGAGGAAACUUGAUCAGGUUUCUCACUUUGGCUGCAAGUCAUUUGCCUUACUUUUUGACGAUAUUGACCACAACAUGUGCCCUGCUGACAAAGAGGUGUUCAGCUCAUUUGCACACGCUCAGGUUACCAUUACCAACGAAAUCUACCAGUACCUGGGGGAGCCUGAAACCUUCCUCUUUUGUCCCACAGAGUACUGUGGAACAUUCUGCUACCCAAAUGUCUCUCAGUCCCCCUACCUCCACACAGUAGGAGAGAAGCUACUGCCUGGCAUUGAAGUGCUAUGGACUGGACCCAAGGUGGUGUCCAAAGAUAUCUCAGUGGAGUCAAUUGAGGAGGUGUCAAAAAUCCUCAGAAGAGCCCCUGUCAUCUGGGACAACAUUCACGCCAACGAUUACGACCAGAAGAGGCUUUUCUUGGGUCCAUACAAGGGCCGCUCCACAGAGCUCAUCCCCAGGCUGAAGGGAGUUCUCACUAAUCCUAACUGCGAGUUUGAGUCCAACUUUAUAGCGAUCCACACUCUUGCCACCUGGUACAAGUCAAAUAUGAAUGGGGUGCGCAAGGAUGUGGUCAUGACGGACGGUGAGGACAGCACAGUGUCCAUCCAGAUCAAGUUAGAGAAUGAAGGCAGCGAUGAAGAACUGGAGACAGACAUGCUCUACAGCCCACAGCUCGCUCUAAAACUGGCUCUCACCGAAUGGCUGGGGGACUUUGUUGUGCCUCAUCAAUACAACAGCCGACAGGUGCCUCAGAGUGGUGCCAAAAGCACAGCCAUUGAUGUGUCAUCCAUGGCCGCUCCCUCGCUCUGCUCCUCCACAACAGUCACAACUGUGUUCCAGCAGCCCAUCAUGUCUCCUGCCAUGCCGCCUCUCUGUCUGGAUCCACUCUCACACCCCAUGGCAAAAAGACCUCAGGAGGAAGAGGAGGUUGAGGUGGAGAAGAAGGAUUCGGAUGAGGAGCCAAUGGAGAUGGUAGAUGAGAAGCUGGAUGAGCCGGAGCCAGAAGCAGAAGCUGACCCAGAGGAGAAGCAAGUCAGUCCCAUUUUACCUGACAAGAUGGCCGAAGACCUGAAGCCAAUGGAUACAGACAAGGAGAGUCUCACAGAGUCAAAGUCCCCUGAGGAGUCCAUCCAGGAAGACACAGGGAGUGAUAUUGCUCCCAUGCAGACAGACGAUCAGCUCAAGCAGGAUUUGUUUGUGCCUGGGCCCAACGAGAAGCCCCUGUUCACAGCAGAGCCCGUCACACUGGAUGACCUGAGCCUGCUGGCAGAGCUCUUCUACCUGCCUUAUGAGCACGGACCCAAGGCCAUGCAGAUGUUGAAGGAGUUCAACUGGCUGAGAGCCAACAGCAGCGUUGUCAGUGUCAACUGCAAGAGGAAGGAAACUGAAAAGGUAGCAGAAUGGCAAUCAAGGGCGGAGAAGUUUGAGGAGAUGUGCUGCUCCGUCAUCCAGAUGUUCACACGGCUGUCCAACUCAGCCAACCGCACCAUCCUGUACGACCUCUACCCUUACAUCUGGGACAUCAAGAGCAUCAUUUCUAUGGUCAAGUCUUUUGUCCAGUGGCUCGAUGGAAGAAUCCACAGUACAAGUUUCUACUGCUAUUGGAUCGACAGUGGCCGAUGGUGUCGUAGUCAGUCCUCAGCACAGUUCCUUAGAGGAGACCAAGAACCCUGGGCCUUUAGGGGAGGUCUAGCAGGAGAGUUCCAGAGAUUGUUGCCAAUAGAAGGGGCAAACGAUCUUUUCUACCAACCUCCACCUUCAAUGCCAACCUCCAAAAUCUAUUCCAUAAGGCCGUACUAUCCCAAAGAUGAGACUGCGAUUUAUAAAAUCUGUAAAGAAAUGUACUGUGAAGGAAUGGAGGGUGUUCCAGUCUCUGAUGAGGACCCUGACCUCAUAGGAGACAGGUUAGUAGGAGGUCUCCUGACUCUGAGUUCAGACUACGGGUUUGUGCUGGAGGAUGAUGAAGGGAUCUGCGGUUACGCUCUCGGAACUGUGGACGUCAAGCCCUUCGUCAAGAAAUGCAAGUUGAACUGGAUUCCCUUCAUGCAAGAGAAAUACCUCAAACCUGACUGUGAGAAGGACCUCACAGAGGCUGAGAAGAUGAUGCUGAGUUUCCACGAAGAGGAGGAAGGUCUUCCAGACUCUUUCCUCUCCAACUUCCCCUCUCUCAUCAAGGUGGACAUUCACGCCAAGGUCACUGACCCCAGCGUGGCCAAAAGCAUGAUGGGAUGUCUUCUAUCCUCUCUUAAGGCCAACGGCUCCCUCGGUGCGUUCUGUAAGGUUCGUCAGACUGAUAAGAGAAUGUUGGACUUCUAUAGUAAGCUGGGAUGCUUCGAAGUGGCCAAAAUGGAGGGCUUUCCCAAAGACGUCAUCAUUAUGGGACGCAGCCUAUGAAGAAGCGUCCCGCUGCGACAACAGACAGAGGGGGGAAGAAGUUGACGUGGCUUAAACAUGUUUGCUACCUUAAUGAGAAAAAAAAAAACUUCCAUGAUGAUUUUAUACUACAUUACCAUCUGGGCUCGCCCUGGGAAACCUCUUUUUAGGAUUUGUGUACAGAAGCACAGCAGGCGCACACAGAUUUCCCUGCGCUGCCCUUAGAUGUUAUGGCUCUGUUGGAUUUGGCAGAUCUGAAGCUAAAAGGCCGAGGAGCGAUCUGUAAUCAGUUGAUUUGAGCCAACAUGGAAGAGUGGCACUCCAGCAAUGAUUUGUUGAGUCCCACUACUCAUAUACCUCCAAGAGGCUUGAAGUAAUAACUCCAUAAGCCUUUUUCUCAUUCAAUCCAGUAGCCAUUACUUGGAUAUCGCCUGCAUGCCCUAAUGCAACGUGUCUGUAUCUGAAAUGGAGACAUAUUGUGAAAUGAGGGCGGCCUGUAUCUCAGCUAGUGUCUUACUACCCUUACAUCCUGCUUUCCCAGCUUUGACAGAGAGAAAUAACGCAGACAUAAGUAGGACACCUAUAUCGAGGAUGCGAGGUGCUAUGUGAGUUUUUCUUUCAUCGUCACAUCACACUAUUUCCAUUUGCUCCACAAAUAGUCCUGGAGAAAGAGGCCUUUUAAGUGGCGUGUUUCUAUCAAAAAGUGGAGUGACGUGCCGAGUCUGCACACACGGAAGGUGGAAAACUGUAGCUUUCAGGGUUUGUCAAUAAGACCAGAAAGGGAAGAAUAGUCGUUGAGAUGUUGAUGGCUCAACCAGGAGGUCCCCUGAAUUUCCAUUCAAGUAGUAAUAGACAUUUGGAGAGCAAUAGAAAAGCUUCAACACGUUUACAAAAAUGGUUGUCAUCCUGUAACUUUUCAGCGCUUUGCUUUUUUGUUGUUGUUGUAAUUGAGCUGGUUUUGCUUAUUUUUCUUAAAGCUAUUGCCUUUUGGUUCAUUGCCUUUUGAGUUUAGCAUUAUAUUGCAGACCUCAGUGUCUGCUGUUCAAAGACUUUCUAACACGAGUCAGUCAGAUAUAGCUAGAGAACAGCAGUUUUAAGACAUUGGAUUUGUUGUUUCUCAGUUUCUCUAAGGUGAAGCCUAAUAUCGACAGUCAUAUGUCUUAGUUUUGCCCUUUCAGACCCCAAACUCCGCAACAGAAAUCCUGCAGUACGCCUAAGCUGACUGACAGGGACAUCACUAUCAGAGAAAGUUAAGACCUUCUCGUUAAGUUGUGUCAAAAUAAUGUAAGUCGUUUUUCUUUUAAAGAUUGCACUUAAUCAACAUUUUCUGAUAGCAGUACCCAGUUGGACCAAAAUCUUGAUAUUCUGAUCUGCUAUUAAGUAGAAAAAUGUAACAUUUGACUCUCACCAACAUUAAAUAAGUAAAGGCUUGGAAGCAUUAACCCUCCAGCUGUCAUUGAGCUGCUCUGUUUUUCUCUUAACCACUAAUUCCAAACAUGACUUGUAAAGCAGCAGCUGAUCUGAGCUAUGUUCAAGAGAUUUGCUGUACGAAAAAGUGACAUUUGCUUGUCAUUAGCAAUAGAAAAUAAUCAGUUUACAUCUGUCUGCUUGCAUCCUUUCCUGCAUUGCAUACUCUCAAAUGAAUGUCUUCUCAGUGGAGCCUUGGUGAGCGCUCUCCGGUCACCAAAGUAGCACUGACUCCCACACUGUCGGGCUGUCGUCGUGGGGGCUUGGAGCAGAAAUUCCUCGGGCCUUUUCCUAUCUGUCCAUUGAAUGUUUUAUAUUCUGACGCAUUUCCCAUCUGUUUUUGUAAAUCUGUGUAGUUGAUAAAAAUAAAAGCACUUGUUCUAAUAGAUAGGAGUGUUCUGUUGGUUAUACGAGGAUCAUCAGUUGCUCUUCAGUAGCUGCCUGCCAAUGUGAUGUUUUGAUACUGUGUACAUUCAUAAUGUGCAUGAGGUGUAUUGGAUUUGCUGUGGCGGUCAUUUAAAUAACCUCAUCUCAUGCUGCAUAGAGGAAGAAGCAUGCCACUUGCCUCUAUGGGCAUGAUACUGUAGUUGGUAGACAGUCUGUAAACACUGUCAAUCAUAAAGUGUUAUUAUUUUGUAUAUCUUUAUCAAAAUUGCGGCUAGCUCUCUGUUGUCCUUUAAGGAAUACAAUGUUGUAAUGCCCUGUCCCGUGCAGCCUUCCUACCAGGCUGCUUUCCACCAACAGGUUUGCUGUUCAUCUUUUGAAACAACAGCAGGAUUUUCACUCAUUUUAAACGGCUCAUUUUGCAGCUGGUCGAUACUCCAGCUUUCUCCUUUGCCAACGGGUUUUGAUAGAAAUGGGCUGUGACUGAGGGAAAGGGCUCCUAUUGUACAUUUUGAUUACACAAGAAUAGGGUUGGGGGGUAAUGAAAGUAACAGUUUACCUAUGUAAAAUUUGUAUGUGAGAUACAUAAGAUUAAAAACUAAUAAACCAUAAUAAGUUAA